UCUUGGGACCCACACACAUCUGGGAAUUCUGAUCAUGUGACCUUUUUUGAAAGUCUGUGCCUUUACAAUUCCUUCCUGUUGUAAAAUUCUAUCAUUUGUCUAAACAGUAACGUAAGGGUAGAUCUCUUCUGAACCUAUGCCUAAAUAAUCAGGUAUACGUUUACAUUUGAAUUGUUUUGGAGAUUUCUUCUUUUUCCUCUUUUUUAAAUAGGAAUUCAAUGACUGACAAUGGCAGCAAAAAUCUUAGAGAAGUUAGAUAUCCUGAAUGAUCAAGAAAAGAUACUCUUGGCCCAAAGAGAAAAGAUCAAUAGGCUUCAGACUGGAAGAAGGAAAAAGUCUUUGAUUAGUCCCCUGACGUUUGAUUUUCAAUUUGAAUUUGAACAGCCUACUACUAAAUCUACACUUAAGACAGUAUCGAGGAUCACAGAAGACAAAUCACAUGACAUUAAAAAACAAAGAAGGUGUGUUUCCUUCAAAAGUGAGCCUGACCAUAAAAGGAGUCAUUUUGAAAAGUCAAAUUUAAGACCAUACUUUCUUCCAACAAAAGCAAAAAAACAAGACAAUAAAUCAAUAGAGAGACUACAACCUGUAAAAGAAAAUCUAAAAUCAAGAUCUAUUAGGCCUUUUCUUUUUCUUAAGGAUACAUCUGAGGUGGAAAAUCGUUCACAUGAACUGUAUUCAUACAAUGGGCCAGCAUAUAGAAAACCAUUUGGUUCUUCAAUCUUUUCUCCUGUACUCAGCAUUCGAUCUAAUGCUUAUAAAAAAGAAAGAGACUCUACUUUAUUUAGAGAAAGUAAAUCAACCAGAAAUGAUCAGUUAACUGAGCAUUGUUCAGUAAGAAAGAAAGCCUUGCUCCCCUUGUGCUUUGAGGAUGAACUGAAAAAGUCAAAUGCGAAGAUAAUCAACAUUAAUUCACCAAAGACAGCAGUUUCUCAAAUGGAAAAAAAUUACACAAAUCCCAUAAUUUUCCAUGAGACAAGAUAUGUACAAAUGUUACUGUUGACAAAAAAUAAGUUUCCUCUUCAUCCUAUGGGAAGUGAAAACAUUUACCCACACAAAAGAACAAAUUUUACUUUAGAAAGAAAUUGUGGAGUCCUCAAAUCUUUAACUAGUGGUCAAUCUAUUACUCCUUCCAAUCUCAAAAGAACUGUUCCUACGGCAUGGAGGAAAAAUAUACAAACAACACCUUUUGAAGUGAAAUGCAGAGUUGUAGAGGAUAAACUAAAGAGGAAAAAUAAUAAGCCGAUAUUAGAAAAUAGAAGUUGGAGUAAACUCCAUAAUUUCUCACAGACUUUUUCCAGCCUAACAAAAAAAUUCGUUGGUUUCCUUGAUAAAACUGUUAUUCAAGAAAGGAAUACUAAAACAGGCAAAUUUGAAAGAAUGUUUUCUACCACAAAACCAAUGAACUCACACAAAUUCAGUGCCUCAACUGUCAAAAGUUGUUCAAAGCCUUUAAAAAAUAUACUCAAAGUACAUAAAUUAAACAAUAUAACACCAUUGGAUGAUUUGUUAAACUUCUCAAGUAAAGCUUAAAUGCCUGAUAAAGUAAAUUCUGUACAGCAAUAUUAGGAAAACAAGUAGCAAACAAUCAAGUUCCAAGAUGAUAGAAGAAAUUCUCGUCCAAGUAGAAAUGUUCUAAUGGAUGGUAUAAGAAAGCUAAGCAUAGAAACUGAAGUUACAAA